CCUCUGUGAAAGAAACUUCAACAGCCAGCAACAUGGUUCAGUGGACAGACUUUGAGCGCGCCACUAUCCAGGGCGUCUUCGAGAAGAUGGACUACGAUGACGUAGGCCCCGCGGCUCUUUCCAGGUGUCUGGUCGUGUACCCCUGGACCCAGAGGUAUUUUGGUAACUUUGGAAACCUGUACAACGCCGCUGCCAUCCAGGGAAACCCAAUGGUCGCCGCUCACGGAAAGACCGUCCUGCACGGACUGGACCGGGCUGUCAAGAACAUGGAUGACAUCAAGGCCACCUACGCAGAGCUGAGCGUGCUGCACUCCGAGAAACUGCGCGUGGAUCCCGACAACUUCCGGCUGCUGGCUGACUGCCUUACUAUUGUCGUUGCUGCGAGAAUGGGUGCUGACUUCACCGCUGACGUCCAGGGUGCUUUCCAGAAGUUCCUGGCGGUGGUGGUGAGCUCCCUGGGCAAACAGUACCACUAGAGCAAACAGUACAACUAGAGCAAACAGUACCACUAGAGCAAACAGUACCAGGGGAACCCCUCCACUCAGAGACGGACGACCAUCAGAGAACCAACAAGCGCUGAUCAUUUGUUUAGAGGCGCAUGUUGUUCCUUCUACUAAAGCAAAUAAAAUCAGCGAAUUA